AUCACGGAAGCACCGCGCUGCCUUUUCCGUAACGCGGCGACGAGCCAUUGGUUCGAUCAUGCCGACUGCUGCUUCAAUUACCAAAUUACCCCUACUCAUCCCAAAAUAUUCACGAUAUCUACCACUACCACCUGCUCGCCAUUCUCGCACUUCGCGUCUCAUCAGCUCAAGUUCAUGACUGCGAGCGACUCUCAGUGUCUCUCGCUCUCUCUCGGCCAUGUCUUCUUGAAUUUCAGCUGAUUCUGUGAAAUCUCCUUAGGUUUCACAGCCGAAGCAAUCGGUUUUGGCGGAAGAAACCUAGGUUCUGUUUUAGAUCCAGUGCGAAUCUCAACUAAAAGAUUCGAAGAACAGCAGGUAGCUCAGGAAUAUUUGUACCUGGCAACAUGGCUAUGGGCAAAUACUCCCGUGUUGAUGGGAGGAAAUCAUCAAACUAUUGUUCAACAGUUACUAUCGUCGUAUUUGUUGCUUUUUGUUUAGUUGGGGUCUGGAUGUUGAUGUCAUCGUCUGUAGCUCCAGUUCAGAAUUCAGAGUUUUCCUCUCAGGCAACUAAAAAUGAGCUGAAGCAGAAAAUAACUGAGAAUGAUUCCAGCCAAUUUGAAGAUAGUUCAGGUGAUCUACCUGAGGAUGCAACAAAAGGAGACAGCAGCACUGUCAAUUCUGAUGGAGAUAACAAUUCUGAUGGUAACCAAAGCAUACGUGGAAAUGAGUCUGAGAAUACAGCAGAGGAACCCCAUGAAGUAAAUCAUGUGAGGGAGAACUCUGAUGAGAGAACAGAGUCUGAAGGAUCCAAGACGGAGGUUGAAAAUGAUGGAGAUAUGAAAAGGGAAGAUGGGGAAUCAAAUUUUGGGAAUGGGGACUUGAAGUCUGAGACUGAAGAAGCAAAGAAAGAGGCAGAGGAUGGUGGAGAUGGCGGAAGAGAAAAUGGUGAAUCAAAUUCAGGAGAUGGAAAUUUGAAUACUGAAGCUGGAGAUAGUGCUGAUUCAAAUGCACACGAGCAGCCAGAAGAGACCUCAGGUGAGAAAGGAACAAAUCCUGAUGAAGGUGAUAAGAAAUCAGAGGCAGAGGAGGGUGCGGAUGAAAGUAAGCAGGAAGAUAAAGUGGAAGAUCGGAGUGAUGAGAAGGUUGAGCCAACUCAAAACAGGGAUUCAGAACAAGGCACUGAUGACAGCAACAAGGAAGCCGGCAAAAAGGACCAGGUUUCAAAUGAGGUUUUCCCUAGUGGGGCUCGCUCAGAAAUAUUAAAUGAAACUACCACUCAAAAUGGAGCUUGGUCAACUCAAGCAGUGGAAUCAGAGAAUGAGAAGCAAUCACAACAACCUUAUUUGUCCGAAGAUCAAAAAGGUUAUGGUUGGAAGCUUUGUAAUGUUACUGCUGGGGCAGACUAUAUCCCCUGUCUUGACAAUUGGCAGGCUAUAAGAAAACUGCGAAGUACAAAGCACUAUGAGCAUCGAGAGAGACACUGCCCAGAUGAAGCCCCCACUUGUCUGGUUCCUCUACCUGAAGGGUAUAAAAGCCCCAUUAAGUGGCCUAAAAGCAGGGAUAAGAUAUGGUACUAUAAUGUACCCCACACUAAAUUGGCUGAGAUUAAGGGUCAUCAAAAUUGGGUUAAAGUUACUGGUGAAUUCCUAACUUUUCCUGGUGGUGGAACACAGUUUAAGCAUGGUGCUCUUCACUACAUCGAUUUCAUUCAAGAGUCUCUUUCUGAUAUUGCAUGGGGAAAACGAAGCCGUGUUAUAUUAGAUGUUGGGUGUGGUGUAGCCAGCUUUGGAGGUUAUCUUUUUGAAAGAGAUGUGCUUGCAAUGUCAUUUGCUCCCAAGGAUGAGCAUGAAGCCCAGGUGCAAUUUGCGCUAGAAAGGGGUAUCCCUGCUAUAUCUGCUGUUAUGGGCACCAAGAGGUUACCCUUUCCUGCUCGGGUCUUUGAUGUUGUCCACUGUGCUCGCUGUAGGGUCCCCUGGCAUAUUGAAGGUGGUAAGCUUCUAUUGGAGCUUAAUCGUGUCUUACGACCUGGUGGUUACUUUGUAUGGUCUGCCACUCCAGUUUACCAAAAGAUUCCUGAAGAUGUUGGAAUCUGGAAAGCCAUGUCUCAACUAACAAAGUCAUUGUGCUGGGAUCUGGUGGUGGUAAAAAAAGAUCGAGUAAAUGGAGUGGGUGCAGCAAUAUAUAGAAAGCCAACUUCUAAUGAGUGCUAUGAGAAAAGACCCCAAAAUGAGCCUCCAUUGUGCGAAAAAUCUGAUGAUCCAAAUGCAGCCUGGAAUGUUCCAUUACAGGCAUGCAUGCACAAAGUGCCAGUAGAUGCAUCAGAGCGUGGUGCUCAAUGGCCAGACCAGUGGCCUCAAAGGUUGGAAAAACCACCUUACUGGUUGAAGAGUUCGCAGGUUGGAGUUUAUGGGAAAUCAGCUCCAGAGGAUUUUAGUGCUGACUAUGAGCAUUGGAAACGUGUAGUGUCCAUGUCUUAUUUGAAUGGCUUGGGAAUCAGCUGGUCUUCUGUGAGGAAUGUCAUGGACAUGAGGGCUCUGUAUGGAGGAUUUGCGGCGGCUUUGAAGGACUUGAAAGUGUGGGUCAUGAAUGUGGUCCCAGUUGACUCACCCGAUACACUUCCAAUAAUAUACGAACGUGGCUUGUUUGGGAUAUAUCACAAUUGGUGUGAAUCCUUCAGUACCUACCCUAGAUCUUACGAUCUUCUUCAUGCAGACCAUCUCUUCUCAAAUCUUAAGAAGAGCAAUAGGUGCAAAUUAGAAGCAGUAAUCGCUGAGGUUGACAGAAUCCUAAGGCCAGAAGGAAAGCUGAUUCUGCGGGAUAAUAUGGAGACCAUAGGUGAGGUGGAGAGAAUGGUUAGGUCCUUGCAUUGGGAGAUCCGAUUGACUUACUCGAAGGACAAUGAAGGAUUGAUUUGUGCUCAGAAGACCAUGUGGCGUCCCGCAGAAUCGGAGACAAUUAUGUCAGCCAUUGCUUAAGCAUGAUGCUUUCUUUAAUUGAACUCUUGAAAUUUUGAGGUUGCCAUGCUGCUGAUGUUAGAUAUUCUUUCACAAGCUCGGGAAGCAUUUAGGAGUGACAGUGGCUUGGUGUUUCCCUAGCCCAUCUGUACGUGAUUUAUGUUAUUUAUAUAAUUGGUCCUUAUAUGCCCCAUAGUUUCACCAUAUUUAUUUCCAUCUCACCCCCCUUGGAUUAAACAGAUCUGUCUGAGAGUUUUGAUUGUAAAAUCGUAUUAUAUGAUAUAUCAAUGAAAUGUUCUUGAAAUGUAAA